CACACACACACAGCAAAAGAAAGAGUGAGUGUGUGUGUUACAUUUUCCUUAGUCUCACACUGAUCUGCCUCUUAGUGUGUGUGUGUGUGUGUGUUUGUGUGUGUGUGACGAGAGGACCAAGAUGCAGACCAUCAAGUGCGUUAUCGUGGGAGACGGGGCUGUGGGGAAAACUUGUCUGCUCAUCAGCUACACAACCAACACCUUCCCUGGAGAAUUCAUUCCGACUGUUUUCGACAGCUACUCGGCCAGUGUGAUGUUGGACGGCAGGCCGGUGGUUCUGAGCCUCUGGGACACGUGCGGACAGCCGGACCAUGACAGGAUCCGCCCACUGUCCUACCCCCAGACGGAUAUCUUUCUGGUUUGUUUCUCCCUGGUUGGACCUGCGUCGUACGACAACGUCAAAGAAAAGUGGUACCAGGAGGUGCGCCACCACUGCCCCAACACCCCCAUCAUCUUGGUGGGCACCAAGCUGGACAUGAGGGACGAUCAAGAAACCAUCACAAAACUGAGGGAGAACAAUCUGUCGCCCAUCUCUCACCAGCAAGGCAUCGAUCUGGCCAAGGAGAUCAAAGCAGUCAAGUACCUGGAGUGCUCGGCGCUGACUAUGCGAGGUCUGAAGGUGGUGUUCGAUGAAGCCAUCAGAGUAGUCCUCAUGCCUCAUUCCCCCGACCACAAAAAAAAGUGUUCCGCGCUCUAAGGAGGUCACUUGCCCUUCCUCCUGUUUCACUGGUCUGACGCCUUUCCUGAUUGCCUGAUUGCGCCCACCUGUGUCACCCUCCCUCAUGUGUAUAAAUGUAUCGCCCUCCUUCUAUAUAUAUAUAUAUAUAUAUAUAUAUAUAUAUAUAUA